CACAUUCAGCCAUUCAGUAACCACAGAACCCUCAGUCCAGAGAAAAGCAAAUUUUCCAGUCUGGAAAAUAUGGAAGAAAGUCAGCAGACCAGAGCAAGAGAAGACUACCUGCAAUGUGAGGACUACUUUAUGGCUGUUGCCGGUCUGUCAGCCCAAAGAAGCAAAGACCCAAGCACACAGGUCGGGGCGUGCAUCGUGAACCAGGAGAAUAAGAUAGUUGGCAUUGGUUACAAUGGUAUGCCCAAUGGAUGUGAUGGCAAGCUGCCAUGGGCACGUGUUGCUGAUGACCGACUUGAAACUAAAUACCCAUAUGUGUGCCAUGCAGAGCUGAAUGCCAUUAUGAACAAGAACAGUGCUGAUGUGAAAGGCUGCACCAUGUAUGUGGCUUUGUUCCCCUGCAACGAGUGCGCCAAGCUCAUCAUCCAGGCAGGUUUUAAGGAAGUGGUCUAUCUUUCUGACAAGUACCAUGACAAACCGGAGAUGAAGGCCUCCAGAAAGCUGCUCAGCCUGGCAGGCGUAAAAGAGAGGCAGUUCAAGCCCAGGAAGAUUGAGAUUGUCAUUCCAUUAAAUGAAUGAAUGCUGAACAGCGCAGAACGAAGCGGGGAGGCAGAGGAAGACUGACGAGAUUGAAUGCCUCAUUUUCUGUAUGUCUUCUUGCCCCCUGCUUUGUCCAAAGGGAAACUCAAGGAUACCUCGACUAUGGGGUCUUUUGAUAUUUUGAUUUAACGGGAUAUUCAAGAUAGUUUAAUCUGAGGCUUCACCCUUUUUGGCUGACUGCAGUGGAAGGUCUUUCCAUGCUGCUUUCAAAGUUUUUAUUUUUUUCUGUCUUUUAAAAUUUCCUUUGGGUUUAGGAAUACACAAGAACCUUGAACACUCUGUGUUGAGCGUUUGAUUUUAAACUCUUUUGUGUUGUCAAUCAGAUCUUCUCAUGGCUGUCUGCACAGGGGAAAACCUGAAAUCAGUUUUUUCUCCUUCAAACCAGGUUCCACAUUAAUACAGAAGUGUCUUGAUAUUCAGUUCAUUUGACCUUCCACAUUCACAGUGGAUGCUGCCCAAUAAAUCAGUCUUGUUCUGUUGACACCUGAGAGCUGCUGUGUUACUGUCGGCCUCGUAGCAUCUGGGUGAACAGUUGGGCUUUCAGGGGCACAGACUGUGUGUACGCUAAUAUGUUACAAGUAGUUUAUAAAGAAUGUUGAGACCUGAUAAUCCAAUCUUGGUACAAAUUUCACUUUUAGAGUGAAUUUCUUUAUAAUGCUGAUUGGUUAUUGAAACAAUUGUGUUCUGAAAGUGUUGCUGCUUCAGUUGGUGAGACAAAGUUUCUGUGAUUGGAAUGGGUUAUUGUGUAAAAUGUCUUAAUAUUAUCAAUUGUAGUUACAACUAUUGGUGACACGAUGCACUGCAGGGUUUCAGAAAAGGUGUUAGGCCAAGGGGGUCGCCCCGAAUUCCCCAACCUAGGCUCAGAGGGCUGCCAGGCUCAGAAUACACUGGUUUGAUUGUAAUGUAUUCAGGGAUGCCUGACUGCAAUAUGUGAUGGGUCGAAAGCAAGAAUGUUUAAAUCCAGAGCCAGCAGAUUCUCUUUUAAUUAUCACUGGUAACACUUCUUAUUUUAGAUUUCUUUCAUGGUGCCAAAAGGCUCUUAAAAACAUCUUUCUUUAUUGUAUCUGUGGAUGAUUAGACCACAUGCUGUUUCUUUUUGCUGUCAUACUGUCUAAUACGUUGUUGAAGACAAGCAUAUAAAACCUAAUCAUUUGUUCCUAACAUAUUCAGAGUUUUCCCAUCAAUAUAUACUCAAUAAACCACAAUG